AUGAACUAAACUAUCCAUAAUAUCUAUAAUAAUAUGUAAAAUAAUAUAAAUGACAUAGAAUUUUAGAAGUAAAAAUAAGAAUAAAGCAGGUUUCUAACUUAAAAAUAAACAGAUCCUAAUAUAACUCAAGCUACUGAUUGCAAAUUAGAAAAUAUAUACCAAAAAUAAGAUAUUAUGAAUUAAGUUUGUAAUGAUCAACUUUAACAAGACUAAUUGAAUAACAAUAAAUAAAAUCAAAUAAAUUCAUAGAUUAUCUAAAAGGAUAAAUAAGGUAGGUAAAAUAAUCAGAUUUAAUCAUUUCUUUAAAAUUUUGAAGAUAGCCUCAAUGGUGACUAUUCAAAAAUGGUUUAAAAUAUACAAAGUUAAAAAUCAUUCGAUAAUGAUAAAAUUAGCGAUAACAUCAGUGGAUCAGAUUUUGAAAAAAAGUGUCAAAUAAGAAAUGAUUUAAAAUAAGUAAGUAAAUAAAUGAACGAGAGUUUAAUAAAUUAGAAACUUACAAGCUCAUAGUUUUUAAGCUAGGAUAAAUCUUUUUUGUUUAAAAAAACAAGUGUUAGUUAAAAAGAAAUAGAUGUUAGCAAAAAUAAUUAAAUUUUAGGGAAUAAUAUUAUGAAUUCUAAUCCUUAUUAAGUUGUUAAUGUAGGUUUAUCUAAAGUAGCUUUAAAAAAUAAAUUAAACCCUUCUAUGCUUAAAAAAUUUUAGAAUGUUGGAGAACAACAAGAAGACUAUUUGGUAUAACUUUUUGAUGAUGAGAGUCCAAAAAAUGAUCAAAGAUAAGUUUUUAAUUUUUCUGAUAAAAAUAUUGAUGUAAAUGUUUAAGAUUAAAUUUAAAAUGAAGAGAUUAAAUAAUUCAUCUUAAAUGGACAUAUUACGUAGACUUAUUAAUAAAGCGAAUAGUAAAAAUAAACUAGAAAAAAGCUGGAAAGCUAAAUAAUUAAUAUAUUGUAAAAUCUAAAAACAUCUAAUAAUUAAAAAUUGAUUACAUUAUUAUCUUGUAUUGAUGAUGAUAAUGAUUAAGAUUAUGAUAAUAAUUUAGAUUAUAAGAUGUAAAUAAGAUAAAAAUAUUUAUAACAGUGA